GGGGCCCACGUCACUUCCUGGAGACUGGCUGAAUCCGGAAGUGAUCCCCGAGGACCGAGUUGUGGCUGAGGACUUUGGCGACAAGGCAGGUUCAGGACCAUGAGCUGGAUUCCUUUCAAGAUUGGGCAGCCCAAGAAACAAAUUGUGUCCAAAACAGUGGAGAGAGACUUUGAAAGGGAGUAUGGAAAACUUCAGCAGCUGGAGGAGCAGACCAAGAGGCUGCAGAAGGACAUGAAGAAGAGCACCGAUGCUGACCUAGCCAUGUCCAAAUCUGCUGUGAAGAUAUCCUUGGACUUGCUCUCCAAUCCUCUCUGUGAGCAAGACCAGGACUUUCUGAACAUGGUGACAGCCCUGGACACGGCCAUGAAGCGGAUGGAUGCCUUCAACCAGGAAAAGGUGAACCAGAUUCAAAAGACCGUGAUCGAACCCUUAAAAAAGUUUGGCAGUGUCUUCCCAAGCCUCAACAUGGCUGUGAAACGGCGGGAACAGGCCUUGCAGGACUACAGGAGACUGCAGGCCAAGGUGGAGAAGUAUGAGGAGAAGGAGAAGACAGGGCCAGUGCUGGCCAAACUCCACCAGGCCCGAGAAGAGCUUCGGCCUGUGCGGGAUGACUUUGAGGCCAAGAACAAGCAGCUCCUGGAUGAGAUGCCACGGUUCUACAACAGCCGCCUGGACUACUUCCAGCCCAGCUUUGAGUCCCUGAUCCGAGCACAGGUCGUGUACUACUCUGAAAUGCAUAAGAUCUUCGGAGACCUGACUCAACAGCUUGACCAGCCUGGCCACCCAGACGAGCAGCGGGAACAGGAGAAUGAGGCGAAACUAAGCGAGCUCAGAGCCCUCUCUAUUGUGGCUGAUGAUUGAGUCCCCACUCCCUCGAAGACCCUGGGGUCAUAAGUCAGCCUCUCUAGUCUUUGUCCUUUUCAAGCUUAGACUAAAGGGUCAGCCAGCAAAAGGCCCUGCCCGGAAUAAGUAUGGGGAUAGUGGCAGCUCCUGCUCUACCUCACCAGCCCUUUGGAAUAAGCCUGGCACCGAGAGCCCCAAACAGGCUGCCGUCUCCCCACCCAUAGCCAAGAGCUUGCAGAGAGGUAAGCAUGCAGAAAGCAAUGCAGGAGCCGCCUCAUUUCCAAAAGGACCGUCCAAAGUGCAUCCUGGCGUAGGGCCAGAGCAAGCUCCCAGCCUUCACCUUCAGAGGGCACGGGCUCUGUCAGCUCACUCAAGGUCUUGGCCAUGCUUGCAUGGUUGGGAUAACGUCUACCUCCAAAAGGCACAUCCUGGGGAGUCCAGCCACGCUCGCUGCCUUUCCACUUCAGACUCAUCUUUUUUGGGCGAGGCCUGUGACACUGCCCUGGGGAAUGUGAGAGCUGUGGUCCUUCAGUCCUGACAGGCCCCUCACUCCAGCCUUCCAGCACAACAAAGGCUGGCUUAGCCCACUUCUAUCCCUUAGGUCAAGUGCAAGGAAGAGCCCCAAGUCUUGUAGGUUCCCAAAGAAAUCAGGACUCAAUUCAUAUAAAUACCCUAUCAAUCACACAGAAUGUCACAUAGACUGAUUCACAGGCCUCAAAGCAACAACAGUGGGUUUGUGUCUCACCUGAAUAUUUGGAAUUUUAUUUUUUCAAGUAAAGUUUUAAAUAAAAUUU